UGGAGUCCCACGUUAGUGACGCCCACCACGAGCCGAAAAGACCGAUGGAGGACCCUUCCUCCCAGAAGCUUCGCGCUCCACCUGUGUCCUGGCGGCCUCAGGACGAAAUCUGUGAGCCUGUCGUGCUCCACAUGGAGACCUGGGUGGCCGAAAGGGUUUUUGGCCGAAUGCAACCCUCGGUCCCAUCCGAGUGGUACGAUGGCUCGAUUUGGAUGUCCGUGGACACCGGCGGCUCUGGGAACGUGGCUGCAAUCACCAUAUAUGGAGAACCCUUUCUACAGCAUCGAAUAAAAAAUGUGAUCUUGCACUUGGAAGCAAGGCAUAAAAAUGAAGACUUCAAAAGAGCAUGGACAAUGAAAGAACUUGAGAAAUUCUUGAGGGAUCAUUCCCCGUAGGCAAACGGCCCAGCAAGAGGCACUUGCUGACUGAGAGGCAGACCAGCUUUCCGCCCGCCUGUGGAGGUGAAGAGAGACAGUUCCUUAAAAUCUCCCCAUUUGUUUCCUUUCCUGCCUUUGUGGAUGGAUACCUGUUUGUUUUCAUUUCUCCAAGUAGCAAUUUGUAGAACUGUUCAAAUAUAGAAAUGACUUUUUUGGCCUGUUAUUUUUAUCACACACAAUAAAGCAAACUUAAACAUCA